AUGAAAACGCUGUUCAAGUCUCAGGACUUAUGGGAUCUGGUGGAGAAUGGAUAUGCUGAUUCUGAUUCAGAUGAUGAAGCUCGAUUGAAAGAGAUCAAAAAACGGGAUUCAAAAGCACUCUUCUUUAUCCAGCAAGCUGUCCAUGAGAGUAUAUUCUCCAGAAUCAUGGGAGCGUCAACAUCUCAGGAGGCCUGGAAAAUCUUGCAGAAGGAAUUUCAAGGAGAUAAGAAAGUAAUUAUGGUCAAGUUGCAGUCUUUACGGCGAGAAUUCGAAACUUCAAUGAUGAAACAUGAAGAAUCUGUGCAAGACUACCUCUUCAGAGUUUCAACUGUGGUGAGCAAGAUGAAAGGUCUUGGGGAACAAUGCUUAGACUCAACUGUGGUGGCAAAGGUGUUAAGAAGCUUGACUCCUAAAUUUGAUCACGUAGUUGCUGCAAUUGAAGAAUCCAAAGAUUUGUCAACCUUUACAUUUGAUGAACUAAUGGGUUCAUUGCUAGCUCAUGAAGAAAGAUUGAAUCGUAGUUCAGAACAUGAGGAAGAGAAAGCCUUUCAUAUAAAGGGAGAAACCUCAACGUUGGAAAGAAUCACACGUGGUGAUAGCAAGCAAAAUGAUCUGAGAGGCCGAGGAAGAGAAGAAGCAAAUGAAGAAGAAGAUGAUGGAGAGGAUGAGUUCAAACUCUUUAUGGCUGAUCUUGAGCUCAAUGGGACCUUAGGUGAUAUUUGGUUUUUGGAUAGUGGAUGCUCUAAUCAUAUGACAGGCAUACGUUCACUAUUCAAAGAACUGGAUGAGGAUUACAAGCUCAAGGUGAGACUUGGUGAUGAUAAGCAGAUGGAAGUAGAAGGCAAAGGAACAAUUGCUAUCCGAAAUGGAGCUGAAACAAGGCUGUUACAUGAAGUCUUCUUUGUUCCAAGCCUAACCCAGAUUCUCCUUAGUGUUGGACAGCUUGUGACCAGCUUCUCUGUGCUGUUUGAAAGUUCCAAGUGCUUGAUAAAGAAUUAG